AUGACGAUGUUGAGGAAACUGGAACUGGACUUUUGUGAAUGGGGUGAGCACGACGAUGAGCAGGGUUCGUACUUUCUGCCCAGCUAUCGGGAUCCCAAGGCGACUAUCACUCAUGCCUGCUGGAUCAUCGAAUCCAACCCUCACCUUCUGGAUCUCAAGCUAGAUGGUAUUCUUCUCAAGGACCACCGGGAUGCCCACCUCUUGACGCGGUCGAUUUCAGGGCUGCGGAGACUGCAGUACCUUACUCUCGAGAUAGUGCAAUGGGAGGAAAUACCGGAAGAGGAGACACAGCAGUUCCGAGACCUGGAAACCCUUUACCAACAACUCGGCGCACUGACGGAACUGGAGCAAUUGAACCUGCGAGCCCUCUAUUUCGAUCCAUCCGGCGUCUGUGGGGUGUCUGACAACUAUAAGCUGAAUACUUUUCCAGGCCUGUUUAGUCUCGGAAAGAAAGAAACGGGGCGAUCAGGGUAUCUGCAGCUGUUGGGUGGUCUGACAAAGUUGAAGGGACUCUAUGGAUCGAACUGUCUGGUGACAGAAGAAACCGAGGCAACGGUUGGGAUGGAUGAGAUCAAAUGGGUGGAUCGACAUUGGGUUGCGUUGGAGACGGCACAUUUUGGUAAAGGGAAACAGGAGGGACAGGAGUGCUUGGAUGUGCUCGACUGGUGGGAUGAGGUCCAACGGAGUCAAAGAGAACUUUAG